AUGACAGAUAUGAAAAAGAUCCAUUCACGUUCCCCAUCUCCAUCCAGAGAAAUAGACACGAAGAAACUAAAAAUAGAUUUAUCUAAAGAAGCUAGAGACUUGCUAAUAAAGCAAUUAGAGUAUUACUUUUCAGAUGAAAAUUUGCGUAAGGAUAGCUUUUUCCAGAACAUUAUGCGCUCAGACUCAAAAAGUAGAUUAUAUUUGAGUUAUCUUUUGAAAUGCUCAAAAGUAAAGAGCUUGGGUAUUACGAGAGAGGAACAAAUUGAGCAAGCUCUUGAAGGACAUAAUUUUAUUAUUAUUGAAAGAAAUGAGGAUGGAAGGAGUAUGCUUAGAUUAUUGAAGGAUUUACCUGAACUAGAAGUGAAGAAGAAAUUUAGGGAGAAGAUAGGUCAUACUAAUAAAGACCAUCACGCAGGAGGUUGUAUUGUGAAGGUAUCAUCUUUACCAGAAAAUAUCUCAUGGAUAGCAGUAAAGAAUGAGUUGAAAGCUGAAUUGCAAAAAUUAGUUCCAAAUAGUGAGAACUUAGUUCGUUAUGUAUCUCAAACUACCCAAAAUGGGACAUGUUAUAUGCUACUUAAACCUUUCUUAAAUGAUCAAAAUGUUGUCAAGGAAAUUUGUCUAACUUUGGAUGAUAUAAAGGUUCCAGUAGUUCUUGUUAGCCAAGAGGAGGCUAGAAAGGUGAUUACAACAGCUUUACCUAGACAUAUUCAGAAAGAGAGAGAAAAGGAGAUAAAUAAGCAAAGAAUGAUACUUACAUCCCAACCAAUUUUAAUAGGAGGUCAGCAAUUUGCAUCUAUUGAGCAUCUGAGACGCUGUUUAAAGGAAGUUCUUGAACAAAGCACUGUGAAUACUGUAUUUGAUGGUGAAUCAUUAUCAUUUAAUGUUUUAAAGGGACUGCUACACUACCAUCCAAAAGGCUCUGAUAAGACAAGAGGGAUGUACUCAAUCACUGUAAAAUAUCAUCCUGAAACAAACAAUAGCAAGUGUUUUUUUAUUUUGAGGAAGAAUGAGGCUGGUCAAGAUGAGAUGGAAGAUUUCAGUGUUAGUAAGUGUUUACAACAGCUUGCUAGAAAUCCUCCACUUGCUUCAAAACUCGGUAAGAAUGAAGUAUGUGAAGAUAAGCAACAAGAAAAUAUUGAAAAUAAUCAAGAGGCCACCGUAGAAGAUUGA